AUGACUCGUUUUCGUCCAUGUAUUGAUCUCCAUACAGGCCAAGUCAAGCAAAUAGUUGGAGGAACUUUGAGUGAGCAGUCUUCGGAUCUCAGGACUAAUCAUGUAUCAAGCCAAUCUGCGACUCAUUUUGCGAACAUAUACAUGAAGAAUGGCUUAACUGGAGGCCACGUCAUAAUGUUAGGCCCCGGAAAUGAAGAAGCAGCUCAAAGUGCCCUCCACGCAUGGCCGGGCUGGCUACAGGUCGGCGGAGGAAUCAAUGAAAUGAAUGCGUCUGUGUGGAUUGGGCGAGGCGCUGAGAAAGUAGGCCAUCCACAAAGCGCUAUUCACUUGCAGGACUUACAUCCUCAAGUAGAGGCCAAAUUCUUGAAAGCGCGCCUCGAGAGCGUGUUGGCUGCUCUAAGCAAUGAUUCGUCCAAGCUAGUGAUCGAUCUCAGUUGUCGGAGACAGAAUGAUGUAUGGAUAGUCGCCAUGAACAAAUGGCAAACUCUCACGGACAUGGAGGUCAAUGCAGGUCAGUUGAAUUAUGCGAAGAUUGAGAGAGAGGGCUCAUCUAGGGGGUUAGAUUCCAUCAAGAUGCUAGAGCCGUAUUGCUCGGAGUUUCUAAUCCAUGCAGCAGAUAACGAGGGCUUGCAGAGAGGCAUAGACGAAGACCUUGUGAGGAAUCUAGGGCAGUGGUGCAGCAAACCUGUAACAUAUGCAGGCGGGGGUAGAAACCUCGAAGAUUUAGAAAAGGUAAAAACUCUGAGCAAUGGGAAGGUCGACUUGACUAUUGGAAGUGCAUUGGAUAUAUUCGGAGGCAAUGGCAUCAAGUUUGCAGAAUGUGUAGAGUGGAAUGGAAGGCAAGGAUUAUAA